ACUCUCAGUAUGGACUUUUUAUAAUCAUAGAGGUGGAAUCCUUAUUUCAAAGGGUACAGAGUGGAGGAGGGAAAGUCUGGAUAACCACAGGUCUUCAGAACAAAUUCUCAUUAUGUGAUACUGACUGCUUCCCGUAUGUGCAUGGCUCUUUGUCCUUUGUAAUGAAGACUAGAAAAAGGACCAAAAAGGACUACUAUGAGCCAAUGUCCCCAACUAGUCCAAGCUGCAUGGUAAAAGUAUUUGAUUGUUCAUAUUCAAAGCAUGCCUUGUCCCUGAGGGGUUUAACAAAAUGCAGGGAGAAGAAGAAUCUGAAGUUGUUGCCCCAGGAAGAGGUGGAAAGAAUUCAGUCGCAAGACAGCUACAUCAAUUACUUGAAUACCCAAGUUGUGGCUCAGGCUUUAAAUGCAGCAUAUUCAUCCAGAUCAAAGCGGAGUUUGAUUGUGGGAGGUGGAAGAGGAGGAGGCAGGUUGGAACGUCAAAGUCUAUGGUCAUGGCAGGUAUGUCCGUUCCAUUUUGCAAAGGAUUGUAAGAUUUCUUACUGUCAGCCAGAUUCCGUGUUGUUUUAUGUUUUCCUGUGAUUUUGAUUCAUUUGCAAGAUUGUUGCUGCUUUUUUCAGUUUGUUGCUGCUUUUUCAUGAGUUUCAAGAUUCUUGGCCUUGUGAUUUUCUGGAAAGUUUCCGUGGUUUGUUUUUUUAAUGCAGCCCUGUGGCCCUCCACCUUUGCACUGGAUCCCCUGCAACCCCAUGAAGGCACCAAACAAUUUAACCCCUGUGUUGCAAACAGUAGUCAGUAAUAUCCAAGGCAACACAAUGACCAAAUACAAUGAUACGAUAUCAAUAUGCACUUUUUAUAUAAUAUGAAAUAUAUAAAUCAUAUAAACAGAAAACUUCUGAAUCUCUGAAAGUCACAAAUUACGCACUCUAAACGGAUUCUCUUGAAAACAUAAAACCAAAUAAACAUAAGUCAUAUAAGUCUCUGAAAGUCUUUGAAGACUAUGCAAGUCUCUGAAAGAAGCAAUGUAUCAGAUUCUUAUCUGGUGCAAACAGCCUAUAAAGCUUUGUUUAUGGCGUCCAACGCUGUCAAAGUAGUUUGCAAACAGACGUUGUGAACAGUGAUUCCGGACAUACCCACUGUUUUCAUGGAAUUCUUUAUUCAGCACAGCAGAAGGAUACAAAAAUGCUUCAUAAACUGUAAAAGAAUAUUAAAACAAUGACCUGCAUAUGCAUGGUAACUAUAAUAAACUCGAAAUAUUAUGAACUAUACACAUAAACUAUAAUGUCAAAAUAAAACCAAAGGUAUCCUUCUGCUGUGCUGAAGAAGAUAUUAUAUCAUUGUAUUUGGUCAUCGUGUUGCCUUGGAUAUUACUGACCCCAUGAAGGCAGCCAGGCUGAAUAGUUCCUGGGGUUGGGGAAGGCGGAGGCAGCACAGAAGCUGCAUCUGAGAGCCCCUGCACCACCUGAAGGCAGCCAGGCGCUCCUCAGCUGAGCUGCCUCAUCCCACUCCAACUUGCCUGCAAGCAGGAAUGGAGGCGGGGAUCUCUCAGAAGGGGAGCAGGCUGGGGUGUGUGUGGCAUCAUCCAUUGCCUGCUUGCUUGCCGCCCCGGCCCAGCCUUCCCUCACUCAGUGCUGGGUCCGCCAGAGCUGGAGGAAGGGGGUGGUUGUUGUUGUGGCAGCGGCGGAGGGACCCAGCGCUGGAGGGUGGCAGGUGCCUGCUCGCUUGCUGCCUGGCCCGCCUUCCCUCACUAGGAAAACGGAAGUGUGGCACUCAAAACGGAAGUUAUGCUCAGAACAGAGCAUGUUCGGCUUCCGAAAAAAGUUCCAAAACCGUAACACUCAUUUUUGGGUUUGAAGUGUUCAGGUUCCAGUAGUUCGAGAACUAAGUGUAGGAAUGAUCGCUGAGUUGUAGAGCACACUCCUGCUCGCGGGCAGCCUCAGCUGUCUGCACGCGUGACCUUGGGGUGCGGAGCACACUCCCCCUCACAGAUAAAGCCACAGCUGUCUGAACAACUUGCCCUCUGUCUAACCUUUUGCGGUCUCAGUAGUCUGCUGUGUCCUGUCUGUGACCUUUGUCUCUGAGACCUUUGUCUCCUUCAUCAUACAUUGUGCAAGGGGAAAAUGACGCGGUGGAAACAGGUGCCAAAAUAACUUUGUACCACCUCACGAUCUUGGGACUGGAAGAUGUGUAAAGGUCAUAGUCCAAAUGUAUCUGCCUGAGUUUGCAUAUUGUGGCAAUAAAAGGAGCCUCUACAGAGCUAGCUGGCAGCUUUCUUGUGCACAGGUCACCUGCAUUAUCAACUCCUGCCUCGUGUCCUUCACUUCAUCUGGCACCCAGGUCCAUGGGGCCAGUUUUACUCACUUCGCUCGGCAAGAGCUACAGACGCGUCCCUGCGUCACUUUGCUGAAUUAAGAAACAUCUCAUUACAGCCUUACUGGCAUCCCACACUACACUUAGAUCCGUUUCUCUACUCCAAAGGUAGUCUAUUCUGCUAAAGGAAUUAUAUGUGCUGGGGGGGGAAAUGUGAAUUGGCUUUCUAAUGGAUGCUAAAGUCGCCAUAAAUCAAUUAGAUCAAAAUUUAACACCAUAUUUAAAAAAUGCAAUUGGUAGUCUCCCUUUUCUUGACUCUUUUUUCCUUAUAGUUUUAUCUACAUCAAGCGAAACACCACCACUGAAGUCACCCAUCAUUAUUACGUUAUUAUCACACAAGUCAAACCCUUUCUCUUCCAAGUCCGUGUUCUGUUCAUUGGGAGGGUAAAUUCCCCCUAGAAUAAUUGAUUCCCCAUAUAAAGGUAAAGGGACCCCUGACCAUUAGGUCCAGUCGCGGAUGACUCUGGGGUUGCGGCGCUCAUCUCGCUUUAUUGGCCGAGGGAGCCGGCGUACAGCUUCCGGGUCAUUUGGCCAGCAUGACUAAGCCACUUCUGGCGAACCAGAGCAGCGCACGGAAACACCGUUUAUAUAAUAAUACAGUGUUACCGCGCGUUAAGUACUUAAUUCGUUCCGGAGGCCUGUUUUUAACCUGAAACUGUUCUUAGCCUGAGGCACCACUUUAGCUAAUGGGGCCUCCUGCUGCUGCUGUGCCGCUGGAGCACGAUUUAUAUUCUCAUCCUGAAGCAAAGUUCUUAACCCGAGGUACUAUUUUUGGGUUAGCAGAGUCUGUAACCUGAAACAUAUGUAACCUGAAGCCUAUGCAACCCGAGGUACCACUGUAAUAAUAAUUUAUUAUUUAUACCCCGCCCAUCUGGCUCGGUUUGCCCAGCCACUCUGGGUGGCUUCCAAAAGAAUAUUAAAAUACAAUAACCUAUUAAACAUUUACCUUCUUGCCGGAGUGGUACCUAUUUAUCUACUUGCACUUCAUGCUUUGGCAGGAGCAGGGAUGAGCAAUGGGAGCUCACCCCAUUGUGGGGAUUCGAACCACCGAUCUUUUGAUCGGCAAGCCCCAGGCUCUGUGGUUUAACCCAUAGCACCACCCGCAUCCCUGAUUCCCCAGCUAGAUUCAGUUUAAUUGCCAUCAUUCUGCAUUCUUCAUCUUUUAUAUUUAAAGAUGGUUUGGGGGUUUAGGGUCUAAUUUUGAGAUUAACAUACAUCAUUACCCCUCUUCUUUUUUUAUCAGAAGAAAUGAAUUUUUGUCUCAGACCUUUAUUUAUUAAUAAUUUUCUGUGUUGUCUUUUUAUAUGGGUUCCCUGCAAACAAAUAAUGUCUAAUUUCUGUUUUGUCAAAAUGUGUGCUAUUUUAUGCCUUUUCAAUUUAUUAUUUAAUCAAUUUACAUUCCAUUUAAGAAUUCUAAGAUCCAUUUUCAAUUAAGUCUUGUUUACCCCUCUGCUUCCAUCCCCCCUGCUGUUUGUUCUCCUCUUCCUCUUCUUCAAUCUCUUCCUUUUCUUCUGCUCCCUCCCUGUUUCAAGACCUUUCUCAUAAUGUGUCUGAAGCACUCUGUCUUUGAUAUUUCUAGAAUUAAAAAGGACCAGACAAUCUCCUGGAAAUUUUCCUUCUUCUUAGCAUACAGGGAUUUAACCCUGAAAGCAUGAUCAAUAGUUUUAUCUACCUCCUACUUUUGUAUCUCAAGCACAUUUGCAAGUGCCUCAGUUAUUUUAGCCCUUAUUGCUUCAUCAGAUUGCUGAGGAACAGACCUAAAUCUUUUUUAAAAAAUUAAUAAGCGUACUAGGACUAGACAAUAACAUUUUAGACUACCAUUAGGCAGCAAUACAUUUACAAGCUUUUGCAGCCUCACAACAAAUGGAGGGAAUCUCUAACCUUCCUUACAAUCUUUGAGUUUCAGGGUAAUCAAUACCACUGGAUAGUCUUCUUUAUAAAAUUUCCUUUAUGCGGUUAUUAUAGGGAAAAGAGGAUCCUGCAAUAGAAAGAUGACUUUAUCCUUAUUAGAACUUAGUGUUUUGCCCUUAAUAAAGCCAUCUUGAUCAUUCUAUCCAUAUUUUCCCCAACAUCUUAAUCAACCUUUCCUGUAUGUAAUAAUGCGGACUUUGGUCAUCCCCAAAAUGCGGAAGCAGAAUGCGGGGGGCCUAAUAACCUAUCACAGUUGCUAUGAGUCCAGAUGAGAGAUGUGCCUCAUUGAAAGAAGAUAAGGAUGCAAAAAAUUAGUGGCGACUUAACCAACAUGGGUUCUCGUUCUCUCAAUGCUGGAGUUUCCUCUGUCAUUCCAGCUUCAUCCUUUCUUGAAAGAAGUCCGCUCCUAUACUAAUACUUCAGCUGAUGGACAGUACUUGGAUGAGGAUGGGGCAGUGGCUGCUGACUUCGAUAUCGUGAAUCUGGUGCUGUUUCCUAACAACUCUCUUGCUAGAGUGAAGAUUGGGAGAAUAGAGAGACAGGGGUCCUCAAAUAUGAAGUUCACUAUUAAUCCGGAAUUAAUUGUAUGGCCCAAUCUAUUUAAGAAGGUAUGAGAAAUUAUAUCUGUCCUUUUAUUAACUAUAGCAUCUGCCACGCUCUAACAACAUUUUGAAUAAUACAUAUGACUGCAAUCUUGUGCUCACUCCCUGCAGCUAAGUCCCACUGAGAUUAAUGGGACUUGCUCUUGAGUAAACAGGUAUAACCUUUAAUCUAAAGGCACAAUUGCUACUGACACUUUCUCCUUGGUGCUCAAUCUCUUUAUGUCUAGACAGUGCCUCAUUCAAGAUGCACCGAAAGCUGUCUCCCAGGAUUUGCCAAAAAGGUUCAGGAAGGGAAGCCACCGUGCUGCUAUGAUUGUGCUCCCUGCUCAGAAGGGACAAUCUCCACUCAGGAAGGUAGGGGAGGAUCUCAGAGGAAAAGACUUUUGAUAGGAGGAUGGGGCAAAUUUCUGAGUCACUCCAAACAUGAUGUUAGUAAUGGCACCUCAUGAAUGAAAUACCCUCUUCAGGGAGGUCUCCCCUGUUCCCACCCCCAGCACAAGGAAAUUUUAUUUGCCCAUGUGCUCAAGCAUGUAUAAUUAACCUGUAUUUAAUGAUGGUAGCUUUUCUACAAAAUUUUGAUUUGUAGUUUUAUUUUCUCAUUUCUCAUAUUGGCUUCUACUACAUAACCCAUAUAAUUUUAGAGAUGGAGAGGUGAAACAUCUUUGAAAUCCAACCAUUAAUCACUAAAGAUUAACUCAUAUGAAACCUUAAGGAUAUAAGUACUACUCAAUAAAAUCAAAGCCACCUGUUUUAAGAGAAGCCUGUGGGAAUGAGUUGAUGGAUUGAUACUUUUCUAGUUGUGAAU